AAUACAAUAAUAUUGUUACCAUCUGUUGGAGCGGCUGAAGUCAAGAAAAUCGUUGUUGCUGAUGAUAUAAUUCUCGGUACGGUACUUCCGUAUAGUUCCUUAACAGAAAAAACGAUAAAAUCUCCGGAAGCUUGUGCUUUGCAAUCAGAAGUCUUUUUAUUACCAAUGACGCGAAUAUCUCUGAUCGAUUGA